AUGCCAUCCCCCCACUCGCCCUCGUGGCAAGAACGGCACGACACAAUACUACAUGUCUUACAAACCACAAGUGUCAGAGCAGCUCUUUGUGACUUCAAAAUCACUCACGCUAGCGUGCGCAAGCUCUGCCAUGUCGCACCAGACAAAUCCAAUACGAACAAGAGCCCCUCAGAUAUCACACCCACCUCCUUGGGCGAGCUGCUUGACAUCGCUCUCGUCAUUGCAUGGUCCGCCCAUGGUCUUGCAGUAACCAGAGAUCCCAAUCCCUUCAGAGCGGCAGCAGCAGCAUCAUCAUCUUUGCUUCAUCUGCCGACUGCCAGCUUGCAAGUGCAAGAUUUCAAGACGGUCAAAGUACUACAAAAGAGUGCAGGUAGUCUGGUCGAGGUAGUCAAGAGUCGCCUCGAUGGUCGCGUCUAUGUCCUCAAAUCGCUUGUCAAGCGCUUUGCUCGCCGCAACGCUGCCAUUCAGACUCCCAUUAACGAGACCAAGCUUCUGCAACGGCCAUCAGGCCAUGAUGAGACGACUUCUACGAGCCAGCAAGGCCUUCAGCUCUUGACACCACAGCUGCUUGCCGCCUUCCAGACACAAAACUCAGUUCACCUCCUCAUGGAAUACCUUCCAAGCGGCGAUUUCAGUCAACUCCUCAUCGCUGCCAGUAGUUGCGGCCCAGAGUAUCCCGGUCGCGCAUCAACAGGUCUCUUGACAGAACACUGGAUCCUCACCUACAGCGUUGAUAUGAUUCAGGCCAUCGCUUGGGUUCAUCGCCAAGGCUUUGCCCACAGAGACAUCAAGCCAGGCAACUUCCUUUUGGAUCGCAGCGGUCACCUCAAAUUAUGCGACUUCUCCAGCGCAGCUCCAUUCAGUGACUUCAGCACCCGCCAAGCCUCUCCCUCAGAACAUCCAUCCAGGCCUCCUUCAUCAGCAUCCAAUCGCAAAGUAUGGGCAUUCUACUGCUCUCAACCUACGGGCACGUGCGACUACUUGUCACCCGAAGUUCUUCAGGCCGAAGAAAAGCGUGUUCUCGAGCAACAGCGACUUUGCGACAUGUCCAGUCUCGACGACCUCCUUGCUUUCCAACCUCAAGCCCGUCUCUUCUCCUCCCCAGAUGCUGCUAAAGCUCCCGAAAGGUCACCUGGCAUGUAUGGACCCGAGGUCGAUUGGUGGAGCUUCGGAGUCAUGCUCUAUGAGAUGCGCUACGGCGUUCUGCCUUUCUUCGCCAGCAAGAUGCAAGAGACCUACGAGAAGAUCAAAGAUCACCGAUCAUCUCUCAACUUCGACCCGACAGUGGCCUGCUCGAGUUUGCUCAAAAGUCUUACACAAGGUCUUUUGACCGAAGCUGCCCACCGUCUCGGUCGUAUCUCUUCCGAAGAACUACAAAAGCAUGCCUUCUACCGCGCUCAAGCCAUCGACUGGUCCCAACAGUGGCCACUACAGCCUCCUUUCAUGCCAAAUCCUAACGCAGCAGCUGAUGCGCAAUUCUUCAAUGGACAAGUAGGCCAGUUUGGUGGCCAGCCAAGCGGACGACCAGCGGUCGGCGUCGCUGCUCGAUUCCAGGACAACUCGCUUUCUGUCGUAUCAAGCCUUCCAUCGUUCUCAGCGUUGUACAAUGGCGAUCCUGACGACUUUCCCGCCUUUGCUGAUUCUCGCGAGCUCGCAUCAGAGUCGCCUCACCAACACCAAAGCUGGUGGAACGGUGAGAAGGGUCCUGAACAAAGCCUCGGCAUCGGUGCAUCUCGCGAUCACCACUCCAGCAAAGCAUGGCCAGCCAAUGCUGUAGCUGACGCUACAAUGCAGAACGAGGCGACGCUUCCGAGCAUGCCAAGGUCAUCGUCUUCACCUGCGGUCCUACUAAGCUCAACUUCUCACUCUGCCACACUGCACGACACAAGCGCAACCAUGGGUGCUCCAAUCUCACCUUACCUUUCGCGUUCCGCCCCACGCUGGUCAGACUGCGACACUACCUUUAUCGGCUUCAGCUAUCUUCCGCACCGAGAUGCGUUUGUGCCUGCGACCGACUUGCCAGAAGUGCAGAUGCCUGGAGAGAUGUCGACAGCCACAAGCUUGGACGAUAUCGUACACAAGACUGGUGGCUCUCCAUCCGGCUGGCCUGCAAGUACCCCUCUAGCCUCCACGCCCUUCCGCGGCGGAACGUCGUGCCACUCGCUCACAAUGCUGCCGACACCUCCCUCUUUCGCUCCGAUGGUCGGCGCAGCAAGUAGUGCAGACGAAGCAGAUGCAGUUCAACGCACCAGCAUGCAGGCUGACAGGCCACCUACUGUGCCUUUUGCGCAGCAGCAGAACUUUGUGACGCCUGCCCGCAAAUCACCUUACAUGGCCAUGCAUGAUCGCUUCCGCCAGAUGCAAGGCCAAGAAGCACCCAUCCCAGAGGACGCUCUGGCUCACUUCACGCCCGCAGUUCCUGCCUCUCCGUAUCCUUUCCCCAUGGCAUCCGUCGCCCGCACCUCCAAGUUCACGGGCGGCAAGAAGCCGAUGCUAUACCGCCGUGAUCUCGACCGAGCGCGAUCUGCGACACCAGGCGGCGGAAGCGUCGGAUCAGAUAGUCGACAGUCUGGAGGUAGUAACGCUGUUCGCGAGAUGUCGGAGCGAGAAGCGUGGGAUGAGAUGAUGGCAGCAGUACAGAAGAGCGUUCGCAAGAAGGCGCCAGCCCAACCCCUUCCCCCGACACCGCUAAACGCAUCCGCUCCGCGCCCCACCGGCUUGCCUCGCUCCUCGACUGAUCCACAGCUAUCUGCCUCCAAGCCUAUCUCUAUGCAGCCUUCGCGUCGACCGCAAGCGCAGGACACAACAGACGCAGUGGCAUCCCGGCGUGCUUCGACAUGUAGAGCAUUGCAGCAGCUAGGAGCUCCCCGGCAGGCAGCGAAUGGAAACCAAGCAGCGCAUCCAGCGGCUCAAGAGAAAGCGGCGUCGACAGUGCAUCCGUCGGGUGCUCUUCGACCACGUAGGUCUCGAGCAGCACUGAUUGCGCCUCGCGCCAUGGUCAACACAGUUGCACCCGAGUCUCCCGACGGAUCAUCGCCUCUAGCCUUCCUCAACCACUCGCCCCCGCUUGGCGCGCUUCCUCAAAGCCAAUACACGCUCGACAUCGACAUGUACGACUCUGACGGAUCAGAUGACUCCACCAAUGGACGACGUAGGCUCAAGCACAAGAAGAGUGCCCGACAGCUUCUCAUCAGAGCGCAGGAGCGUGGCACACCGACGAAACCCAACCGUGCUCAGAGUCCACCGCUGACCGAAGCCUUCGCCUCGGCACCUUCUGUUGCUGCAGUUCUCGAAGCGGCAGGCUCACGAAGCUCGCCUCCCAUCUUCCUGAGCGACCAAUCUGUCCGCAGUGGCAACUCUUCACGAGAUGUCUCCUACGAGCACGGCGGCACAGACCUGGCUUCCGCACCAGCUCGUGUCAGGGCCAUGUCGAUUCAACGUUCCGACAAGGGCUCGCCAGACAUCAACAAUGAGGUAAUGUCGACAAGUUUGGGAAAGACUUCGAUUACAUUCGCACCGAUGUCUUAUGUACCUGUUCUUGGCGCGAUCCCUCCUUGGAGGGAUCGCAGAGACCGUCCUGGUAGUCAUGAUGGUCACAGUGACGGGCUAGGAGUACAACGAGAGUCAGGUCGUCUCGGCAAGACCAUUCGCCGAAAGGACAGCGGCGAGAUGCUUUCACAGUACCGCAAGACGAAAGGCAUGGGACGGGCAACGAGUAUGCUAUCGCUCAGUGAUCGUGCCAAGGCAGACGCCCAAGCAGCGACUUUGCGCCCUGGCACGGCUCUGUCUUCCUCGCCACCUGCUGCAGAAGGUGAAGAUGACUUCAUCCUUGGCCAUGUCGAGAGCCGAAUUCAAGCCAUGAUUCCAGGCCGAACCAUGCGACGCUUCUCGAGUGUGCUGCCUCUCAAAGAGAGGGAGAAAGUGACUAUCGAGCGACCUGCUAGUCAGGACGGUACAUCAAAGACAAGUCGAGGCUUCGGCCGCUUCAAGAGCCGCAUUGUUUCAGCGACGCUGUCGGAGGAGCCAAAUGAGGAGAUUCUCGGCGACGAGGUCAAGAUCAAACCGCACAGAAGGGCGCAGGUGGAAGAAUCCAGACGCGCUCGAAAGUCCAGUGGCACAUCGACGGACGAACAGCAGCAGACUUCUUCAAGACUGGGUCGCAAGAUGGGCGAGACACUGCCAACGUCGUUUGCCAUUCGCAAUUCUUCAGCUCCGUUGGCGUCUUCUGCUGCUCUCAAGAAGGUCAGCUUAAACCCAACUCUGGAAGCAACAAAGGCCGUCGACUCACCCGGUAAAGGCGAUGUGAGCCUGAUGACAGGUCUCAAUCAGCGUCACAAUGCACUACAAGGGUCGCUGCUGGGUCUCGAAGCACGCCUUGCACGCCUCAAAGCUCGGCUUGAAGACUGA